AUGGCUCACUCAUCGGCCGCCAACCGCCCUGGCUACCAAACAUACGCAGUUCCUCUGUCUGGUGGAAAGAGGAAGCGGGCUACUGCGAACAGCCAGUCAGAAUCGGCUGAACCCAAUGCGACUCCCAUCGCAGCGCGUCCAAAGAAGAGUCGCCCCAACGAAAAGGAGUACAACGCCAAGUACAUGGCUGAGAUGUGCUUCAGCGCGUACAAGGCGCGCCUACACAUCGCCGGCUAUUCGCAGUAUACUGCCGACGUCGCAAACGACUGGCGAGAGGAUCUUGUCGAGUUGUUCAGCCACGCUGCCUUGAAGGGAAGCAUGAAGCAGGAUGCCGCAGCUCGUCAUGUCAUCCCUCGUCUGACAACUCUCAUCCCCCAAAACAACGAAAAGAAGGGCGCGCUCGUGAAGUACUUUGCGAAGCAUUACGAGACUGUGCGAAAUGACAUGAUGGUCAUCGACAGGGUCAUGGUAAAUGGCUUCAAGGUCGACGAACAAGCCAUCAUCGAAGUACGCGAGUGUCUCAAUGGCCUAUACUAUAUCCUCGCCAAAGGAGAGCAAUGGCGCACCGUAAUGCCUUACACACCGCUGCCAAUAUACCGGCUUCGAGCCCUCCGCGACCUGAUAAAGUACUCACGGCCUCAUCACCUCCUCAGCGAUCUGAUCACCAACAUUGAAGACAUGGAAGGUUGGCUCAGCCCGCCACCUGUGAGCUUUAACUUCCCGACUGCGUCGAUCAACGAGACGAUGGAGACGUUGCAGAAAGCAACCGAGGACAAGAUCGUAAAGACCAGCAUCGGCCCUGACGCACAGCAGAUGGCAGAAUACCGAGCGCAAAAGGCCGAAUCCCUGCGUCUGCAGACGGAGGAACAGUCCCGUCAACAAGAGAAGCAACGUCUCGAAGAAUUCCAACGAGCCCAAGCGGAGCGAGAGCAGCUGAAGCAACAGAUCAAGUCGCUCGAGACGACCGCCGCAAAGGAACGCGCCCAAGAGAGUGUGAAGAAGGCCGCAGAAACUGCAGCAACGGCUCAACGCGAGAAAUCAUACCAGGACCAGAUUGCGCAACAAACAACUGAGAUCAACAGACUCAAAACCGACCUGACCAACCUGUCUGCUAAGCAGGCAGCCCAAAAUAAGCCCGAAGCCACUACGACAUCGCCACUUCCAGUUACUGCAGUACAGAGUAGCACUUUAAUGAACUCUUCUUUCGGUAGCAAUCAGACUGCCAACAGUAGCUUCUACCAGCCACAGAGCUCUCUAGGCACUUCUUUCGGAAGCUCUGUCAAUGGUGGAACAUAUGGACAGCUAGGUUCAUUCGGCCAAGUUUCACACCAUCCUACGCCGAAAGACGACGACGUCCAAAUGAUGGACGCUCGAGGAUUUGAUAGCUCGCGGCAACACCCGAGCUUUGGUCAGGUCGCAACGUCGAUCACACGCGGUAUAGGCCAGUCGAACCCCUUCAAUGCACGUAUCACCAAUGGUGCUCCCUCACAUCUCUUCGGAAUGUCAGUCGGCGACGGCAACUUCAAAUCGGCUUGCCCAGCAUACAAGAACGGGACCUGCACAUUAGGCAAGAGUUGCAAGCUGCCCCACACCGCAUGCAAGUUCUGGUUGAACGGUAGUUGCAAAUUUGGUGGGAGAUGUAAACACAGCCACGAUCCUUUCUUCCUCACAGAAACCGCAUCAAAAGUCCAGUCAAAACAGUUUCCACGAGGUGACCAGAUGGUCAUCGAUCCUAUCCCUGCACCGCGAUCCAGUAACUUCUCCCAAGCGAACCCCUUUUCCAUUCACCUGCCGGGUGGUUCAAAUCCACUCCGUGGGGGGAUGAAGGGGGAUGGGCGAUUUGCCUUGCAACCUAAGCAGCAAGACCAGACUUUUGGCUUUAUUAAUCGCAACAGCAAGAAUCCGUUCGCCCAGGCUCCAUCACCAGCGCCAGCAGUGCGCAAACCGACACUUGCUGAGCGGGUAACGAAGGGUGAACAACCCACCUCUUUUGAUAACCAAACGCCAUUUGGAUACCAUACCCCACCAACUGGCCCUCGAGGAAACCGUUCAUUCGCCGGCAGGAUAACAAAGAACGAUCAACCCAUCUCACAUCACCCCCAACAUCAGCCUCCUACUAUUCGCAUCGAACAAUCGUUAGAGGAUAUCAUCAAUGCAUCCGGAGCGAGCAGGAACGAAAAACAGGCAAAGCCACUUCAGUCAGAGACUUUCUGCAGGUGGCAAAUCACCUCGCAAAAUGGAUGCACGAAUCCUAGUUGUGGCUAUAAACAUGAUCCGCCAAAGACGAUGGGUACGACGGCUGGGAGGGGAGGGGGUGCGCGGGGUUUGAGGAAUCCGUUCAGUCAGGUGGGGGAUAUUCUGAGGGGGAAGCGGUAG